AUGUUCGACUCCAACCUGCCCUCCACCUCCACCUCCAACCUGUCCCACGUGAGCAUGACGCAGCCGGCCCAUUCCGCCGCCGCCGCCGCCGCCGCCGCCGUCGCCGUCAUGGCUCAUCAGAACCACGGCACCGCCCACGCGCGCCAGCGGUCCCAGACGGUGCCCUUCCCCGGCGAGGCCAACGACCGGUCCCGCCGCGGCAGCGGCAGCAAGGCCCCCCUGAGCCCGCCCCUGCUGAGCCUCACCGAGGCCAGCGCGCCGCGCGAUUCCGCCUUCGGGCCUGUCGUCGGCCAUCACCAGCAUCCGCAGGACAGGUUCGCCGGCUCGCACUCGUCGGCCGCCGCCGCCGCCGCCGCGAGCCUCGUCUUCCCUCGAUCCGGCCAGGGCUCGCCGGGGGAAAAGUCGACGUCGCCCCCUCAGCCGAUGCCGCCCGUGCCGCCGAUGCCCUCGCCGUCGUUGCCGUUGCCGGACAAGACGUCGACCAAGACGGAAAAGGCCAAGUCGAAGCUCUUCUCUCGCCCCAGCAAGAUCGGCACGAGCAAGGAGCCCAAGGAGAAGGCGCUCCCGAGUCCCGGAAAGCUCGGCACCGCCCUCUCGGCUCUCCAUCGCGGAAACUUUAGCUCGACGAGCCUGGCCGAGCCGCCGGCGGCGUCGCUCUUCAGCCACAACAACUCGUCCUCGACCACCAUCCGUCCGAGCGAGUCCUUCACCGAGGAAAGGGGCAAGGAGAAGGAGAAGGAGAAGAAGCAUCACUUUCUGUCGCGGCAGAAGCAGAAGCUCAAGGACGAGUAUCACCUGUCGCUCUCGUCGGCCGCGAGCAACUCCAAGCCGACGGACCCCAACGCGCCGAGCAGCCUCUACAACUUCAACAUCCCCGUCAGCCCCGCUCCCGCCUCCUCGGGCUUCUCCAAGACCAAGAAGGAGAAGAAGCUGGCGGACCGUUCCGAGAGCCGGUUGGAUGCCGAGUCCACCUUUGGCUUGCAGGACUGGUCCGGGUCGGUGCCGUCGCUGUCCCAGCAGUCCACCAUAUACGACCCCAUCGAUCCGGGCAAGCUCGGGUUGCAGAACCACAUGUCGCCGAACGAUGCCUGGCCCUACCUGAAGGCGAAGCUGCUCGUCGUCUUCGAGGGCGAGGACCUCCGCCUUCCCGUCGAGGACUUCAACCGCGUGGUCCAGAUGCACAUCAAGUGGUGCAUCCACAAGAGGUCCCCCGCGAGCAUGGUGGACGACCUUCGCGACCUGCUGAACACGGGCUUCUCGGCCUUGGAUCGAUCCCUGCGCCUCACGUCCGAGGACCGCUUCAUCCCGACCCUCGUCGAGCUCUGGAUGUUCACCUUCACCUCCAUCCUGCCCUACGUCCAGUCCGUCUUCCUGCCCCUCGACCUCGAGGUCUCCGGCUGCGGCAUCAUCAUGACGCCCGAGCAGUCGCGCGACUUUUGGGGCAGCCUCGUGCCGUCACCCACCUCCAUGGCCAAAUCCGCGCGCGUCGCCCUCGCGUCCAAGGUCCUCGACGUCCGACGGCUCGUCCUCACGUCCUUCCGCGACAUUGUCAUCCUCUCCCGCUACGACACCCUCAAGCCCCUCUUCUCCCGCCUGUCGCUCGAGUUCAUCCCCUCCAUGGCGCUUGCCUCGCCGCCGCCCAUGGAGAGCAACCUCUCGGCCUCGCCGUCCGGGUCCUUCACCUCCAUGGUUCGUCCCGGCACCGCCAUGUCGGCCGACCCCUCCUUCUCGGUCGGAUCCUACACCUCCAACGGCACGACCCUCUUCGGCGACGGCUCCGACCGGGGCCGCGGUCGCGCCCUCAGCAACGUCAGCUUCGGCAGCCACGUGAGCGACGGCGCCGUCCGGUCCUUCACGCCCUCGAGCGCUCAGGUGCUCGACAGCGUGCUCGAGGAAAACGUCGACGGCUCGAAGCAGGUCACCGAGAUGGUCGGCCGCAUGCUGCAGUGCAUGAGCGUGCUGUCGAGCCUCGACGGCCUCGACGACGGCGGCGACGAGGGCGGCCAGAAGAUGGUCGAGCUCUGCAAGAUGCUCAAGCUCAACUGGCUCGGCAGAGGGAGGACGGGACGGAACAGGAGGGGCAUCGUCGGCGGACGCGUGCUGCGGGACGAGGCCAGAGAGGAGGUCCGCGUGGCUUGA